AUGUUUAUGGCCAUAAAAAUUUCCACCCUUUUCCUCCUCUUCCUUUUGGUUGAACCAUGCACCCCAAGAUACAUACCAGCAGAUCUACAUGAGGCCAACGAAGAAGGGAGACAAGUACUAAAGGUACCAGAUGAAUCAAAGAGGCGCUACCUCCGUUUAUUUAAAUGGAAGGUGGAAGAUUUGCAACGUGAAGCAGAUGAGAAAUACCCACUCUGGAAAUCUACCAAUCACUUGGACCGAUCUUUGUUCCUACUAGAGAAAGCUCAGGAUUAUGUUCAGCUUUGGGACACGUGGAGGAAGGGCACAUCUUUUGCCGGAAACCCAUACGGUGACUUGCGGAACAAUGUUCAAGGUGACUUGUGGCCUAAACACUAUGAUUACUGUCGUCAAUCUGAGGGCACAAAUCUCUUGACUUACUUGAUGUAUGAUUUUUGUCGUCAAUCUGAGGGUGCAAAUCUCCUCAAGUACAUGACCUAUGGCCUCAGUCCAGAAGCUGACUUGGCUUUUCGUCUUGGUUUUGAGAUUUAA